CCGGUGGAUCUGUCCACUUCAUCAAGGGGUCAAAACUCCCUUCAUCGGAGCUCUUUCGUUGCGGCGCUCUCUUCACCUCUGAAAGAAGAAGGAAGAAAGACUACUUGCUAAUUCACAUGCUUGGGUUGCUCCGCAGGAACAUGUUACCGAUCCAACCCGAUAUUCUCACCCGCCGUUUUCUCGUUCCCACGCCCUCCCCACCUCCCUUACCUCUUCCCUCUCCCAGGGAGACACACUUUUGGUAUGUAAUACCCGAUGAGGUGAAGGACGAUUUCCUAUUGAAUCGGUAUGUAGAACUCCUUUCACCGUGUGAAAGACGAAGUAUCUUGCAGAUGAACAAUGACAAAGUUCAGAAAGGGGCUCUGCUGGCUCGAGCACUGGUCCGCACCACACUUGCGAGAUAUACCAAUGGUAAAGCAGGUCCAAGUUCUUUGCAGUUCAGGAAAAACAAAUUUGGAAAGCCUGAGCAGGUAGAGUGGAAAGAUGAUAACUGGACGCAGCCAUCCUUGCAUUUUAAUAUUUCACAUACGUCAUCUUUGAUUGCAUGUGGCAUAACAACAGAAGUGCCAAUUGGAAUUGAUGUGGAAGAAAAACAACGCAAGAUGAGGAAUAACAUCUUAUCCUUUGCCCAACGCUACUUUUCUUCAUGUGAAGUCGAGUUCUUGCAGUCUUUCUCAGAUCCUGAAAGCCAGCGACAGGAGUUCAUUAAAAUAUGGACCCUUAAAGAAGCAUAUGUAAAGGCUCUUGGAAGAGGAUUUUCAGCAGCACCUUUUAGGGAUUUUAGUAUCCGGUUUGAGAAAAGCAAAGGCCAGAUGUUUCCUACUGAUUCUGAAACUGCUCCCAGAAUUGUUGUAGAAGUCUCAGAUACUUCAGAAAGUCUCACUUCCAAUUGGCAAUUUGCUCUUUUCGAACUGGAUGGUUCUCAUUAUGCUGCAGUAUGUGUGGAGAACAACAAUGACUGUACAGGAAGCAAAAGAAACCCACUGAAUCUGAAAGUGUGGAAGACGCUUCCUUUAGUUGAAGACGAAAAUGUUUUAAAUAAGAAUGCAGUGUUAAAUAUCAGUGGUUUGUCCUGAGAUCUCUUUGGGCUUGCAGUUUCAAUGAGACAGUAACAGGCAACAGUCUGUCCUCAACAAUUUUUGUUCCUUCAAAAUGCUUGUGCUCGAUCAGCAUAAUUUCAGGUUUGUUAGCGUACUAUUAAAACAAAGAUAUAGAGUCGUAAAUUGCAAAUCUCUUACUUCUAUUUACCUGUAGAGCAUUUAAUGUGUGAUGUAUAACAGGAUCACAAUCGAUUAAUGCUUUACUGAUCAUAUUUUACCCUGAUUUGGGGUAAUACCUGAGACCAUGUAGGUAGCUUUUCUUUUUUUCUGAAAGAUAGCGUCAAUCUUAUUCUUGGUUUUCCACGACUGCUUCUUUUGAACCCAAAUUGUGUUGUUUCUUUCGUGUACUAGAAACUGAUACUGUAUCUUUUGCUUUAAUGCAAGUUUGGAGGUUUCAGGUCUUA